GCCGCUUGGAGGCCGCGGAGUAGCCGCGCCGGGUCUCCCUUCGCGUCCCGUGCCAGAGCAGCCGCUGAGCCUGCGGGGUGAGAGAGGGCGCUCGCCUCGGCCGGCCACUCAGCCAGCCAUGAGGGGCCUCGGGCCCUCCUGAGAGAACUGAGGGAGAGAGGUGCACCGCUCUGAUGGGGAAAGGUUGCAGAGCCCUGGAUAUCCAUGCAUGAUGUUAUAGGUAGCACAUACAGAUGUUUAUCAUGGCAUCAGUGACUCCAUCCUUUACCUUCAAGGAAUUCUGUCCCUUGUACUAUCUUCUGAAUGCCAUUCCUACAAAAAUACAAAAGGGUUUUCGUUCCAUUGUGGUGUACCUCACGGCACUUGACACCAAUGGGGACUACAUUGCUGUGGGUAGCAGUAUUGGAAUGCUGUAUCUCUACUGCAGGCACUUAAACCAGAUGAAAAAAUACAACUUGGAGGGGAAAAGUGAGUCCAUAACUGUUGUGAAACUCUUGAGCUGCUUUGAUGAUCUUGUUGCUGUUGGAACAGCUUCGGGCAAGAUUUCUGUUUUUCAGUUAGUCUCUUCAUUGCCUGGAAGAAACAAACAACUUCGGAGGUUUAAUGUAUCUGGUGUCCACAAAAGCAGCAUCACAGCCUUGGCAUGGAGUCCCAAUGGGAUGAAAUUAUUCUCUGGAGAUGACAAAGGGAAAAUUGUCUAUUCAGCAUUAGAUCUAGAUCAGGGUCGUUGCAGUUCCAGCUUGAUACUUGAAGAGCCAUCUUCAGUUGUGCAGCUAGAUUAUAGCCAGAAAGUGUUGCUGGUUUCCACUUUACAGAGAAGUCUGCUCUUCUAUACAGAAGAAAAAUUGGUCAAGCAAGUUGGAGCCCAACCCAGGAAAAACACAGGUAAAUUUGGAGCGUGUUUUAUACCUGGGCUGUGUAAACAAAGUGACUUAACAUUGUUUGCUGUAAGGCCUGGGAUUCGCCUUUGGAAAUCGGACAUCCAUGGAACUGUGCAGGCCACGUUCAUUUUGAAAGAUGUAUUUGCUGCUGGAGUGAAGCCCUUUGAAUUAUACCCUCGAGUGGAACACUCAGACAAGAGAAGCUGCAAUUUCCCAGAGAGGCAACUUGGACUCAUUUCAUGCUUUUUUCAGGAAGGGUGGGUGCUGAGCUGGAAUGAAUAUAGCAUCUAUCUACUAGACACAGUAAACCAGGCUAUGAUUGGCAGCUUGGAAGGAUCUGGCGACAUUGUGUCGGUGUCCUGUACUGAAAAUGAGAUUUUUCUCUUAAAGGGAGACAGAGAUAUCAUUAGAAUCUCUAGCAGACCCGAAGGACUGGUGUCGAUAGACAUGAAUUCAAAGUUGAUGAGUCCGUUAUCUGAUUUGAGCCCCAAGUUACAGAGCCCACAUUCGGUAAUUGCAUCUGUGUCAUCUGAUCUUUCUCCAGAAGCAAACCAAAGAUUAAGUAGCUUCCCUUCUCCACAAACACGUGUUGAUAAAAAUGGCUCCGUGGCUAGAACUGAGCUGGAAAUAGCAUUAUUAACUGAGCGAAUUCGCUCACAGAGCUUUGAUGGAUUGGGGGACUUAAGCACUGACCCAAGAAGAAGAGGCUACUCGGUCGCUAGCGAACCGAGAAGCAGGAGCAGUUCCAUGAAUUCUGUGGACAGUGGCUCCAGUUUCAUGACCAGCGGAGAUCAGACCUCAUCAGAAGCGCAGAGAGAAGGGCAGCUCUCUUCCCAGAGGUUCAGUGUAAUUAGCUCUGAAGACUUCAACCAGGAACUGAUUGUCAAACCAAUCAAAGUGAAAAAGAAGAAAAAGAAAAGACCUGAAAAUGGGACCAGGAGAAAUCCCAGCUCCCUGGAAAGCAUGCCGUGCUAUGAGCGUCAAGGCUCCACUGAUAGUCCUCAGUCUGCAAAUGCAGAUUUGUUAUCUGUGAAUUCUAGCCUGAUGAGCAGCAUUGCAGACCGCUUCAGCUUGGGUUCUGUGGACCAGGAGAGUGUAUUCAGUGGGGAAUCCCAGAGUGUGGUCCAGGAGGAAAAUGGCUCGGAAACCUUUAGUGUGCCUCAGUCUCCAGAAUCCAUAGCUGACUUAACGCCCGAGGGAAAUGGUGGUGCACCUGAACUGCUGAAAUUUUCUGAUGGUGAGAAUGAAGUGGGUGCCUCCUCAGCUUCCACUUCCCACUUGGUUGACGUAGAAGAUGAAGUGGGUAGCAAAGAGACUCAACAGAGCCCUCACCUGAAACAAACUGAUUCCAACUUGGAACAACCACCCCCAAAUGGAGCAGAUUAUUCUGCCCUUUGUAAAACUGAGGACACUUUAGAUAUAUCAGGUCUGCAGAGGACUUUAGAUGCUUUGGAAGAGGCAUUCCCUGUGAAUGGGGCAUCAGUAAAAGUGUAUGCCGAGGAAAUAUGUGGUUGGAAUACGGGCACUGAAACCCACCCAGAGCAGAAGCAGCAUCAACCUCCAAUGGACACUGUCCCCAAAAAUCUCAUUGAUCAGCCUCCUGUCCUCUCUAAGAGAGAAGUUUGUCACCCAGACACUGCAUUACCUGGGCAGGCCUUCCGGGAGGCAUUAUACGGAAAAUGCAACACAGACACUUUCAAUGAAUUGGUAAGCAACACCCACAAUGCUAUUGCUGAGAGAUCGGCAUCAAGUGAUGAAGAGGAUAUCUAUGGGCAUGGGCUGCCUUAUUCAUCUUCUGAGACAAGUGUGACAGAAAUGGGGAUAAAGGCAGAACAUGAGAAAGUCAGAACCAACAUGGAGGAAGGAGUGCUUUUAAAGUCUGAUCAGUUUGCAGAAAGCUGGAUGGGCUACGCAGGGCCUGGCUAUGGAAUCCUGAGCCUGGUUGUCUCUGACAAAUACAUUUGGUGCCUGGAUUACAAAGGCGGCCUGUACUGUAGUGCUCUGCCUAGUGCUGGCCUGCGCUGGCAGAGGUUUGAAGAGAAUGUCCAGCAGGUGGCAGUCUCUCCUUCAGGGACUCUUCUCUGGAAGGUUGAACAAAAAACCAAUAAAGCUUUUGCCUGUGGAAAAGUAACUAUCAAAGGAAAACGUCACUGGUACGAAGCUUUACCCCAAACAGUGUUUGUAUCGUUGAGUGACGACACGGCCUGGAUUAUCAGGACAAAUGGUGAUCUGUAUUUGCAGACAGGCCUGAGUGUGGAUCGUCCCUGUGCCCGAGCAGUAAAGGUGGACUGUCCAUAUCCGCUAUCGCAGGUUACAGCCAAGAAUAAUGUCGUCUGGGCCUUGACUGAACAGCGUGCGCUUCUCUACCGCGAGGGUGUGAGCAGUUUCUGCCCCGAAGGGGAGCAGUGGAAAUGCGAUAUCGUCAGUGAAAUGCAAGCUCUCGAGCCAGUGUGUGUGACUCUUGGAGACCAGCAGACCGUAUGGGUUUUAGACAUCCAUGGGAAUCUCUGGUUCAGAACAGGUGUUGUUUCAAAGAAACCACAAGGGGAGGAUAACCACUGGUGGCAAGUAAGCAUCACGGAUUAUGUCGUUUUUGACCAGAGCAGCCUUUUCCAGACCAUAAUCCAGGCAACCCAGACAGUAGCCACUGUAGCCCAGGCACCUGUUGAGAAAGUAGCAGACAAACUCCGCACAGCUUUCUGGUCUCAGCAGCUUCAGUGCCAGCCAAGCCUUCUUGCAGUCAGCAGUAGUGGCGUCUGGAUCUCCUCUGGGAAGAAUGAGUUUCAUGUAGCAAAGGGAAGCCUAAUAGGUACCUAUUGGAAUAAUGUUGUGCCUCGUGGCACUGCUUCAGCCAUAAAAUGGGCUUUUGUGUUAGCUUCUACAGCUCCAACAAAAGAAGGAAGCUUUCUGUGGCUGCGGCAAAGUAACAAGGAUCUGUUCUGUGUCAGUGAUCAGAAUUCGCAGUUCCAUCCUUCGACUGUGCAGCUGCCCCCUGAUGGUGAAAUGGUGUAUUAUUCAGCCUGUCAGGAUGCCAUCUGGGCUCUGGAUAAUCUGGGGCAGGUCUUCAUAAGGACACUUUCACCCAAUUGCCCAACUGGGAUGCACUGGACCAAACUGGACCUUGCUCAGUUAGGUGCUGUGAAACUGGUCAGUCUGGCAUGUGGAAAUCAGCACAUCUGGGCUUGUGACAGUUGUGGUGGUAUCUACUUUCGGGUCGGAACACAGCCCCUGAACCCAAGUUUAAUGCUGCCUGCGUGGAUCAUGAUUGAGCCACCAAUCCAGCCAGUUGGAGUCAACUUGAUCGGUGUCUACUCGAGUCCCAAUGACCAGAGUCUGUGGACAAUUGACAGCAAAGGGAACAUUCACGUUCGCUCUGGGAUUACAGAGGAGAUGCCUGUAGGCACCGAUUGGGAACAGGUUCCAGGGCUUCAAGCAUGUCAGCUGGUGAUUAGUACAAGGACAGUUUGGGCACGUUGUCCAAAUGGAGAUGUGGCCCGGCGAUACGGCAUCACGGAUAAAAACCCCGCAGGAGACUACUGGAAGAAGAUUCCAGGGAAUGUUACUUGUUUGACAGUUACUCCUCUAGAUGAACUAUGGGCAAUCGGUGCUUCGGGAUACCUCCUCCAGCGUCUCACAAAGACCUUCCACCACUCUCACACCUUGCAGAAACAUGCUGAUGCUUCUGUGUUUCACUCGGAUGAUUUUGAAGAUGAAUGGGAAGUAAUAUGAAGUUCUCGAGGAAAUGGAACAGUGAAACAGCAAGAAAACAUAAUGGGACAUUCUUUUACAUGCCGAAUGUCAGGCUUUUAAAGCCACACACAUUGACAAUAUUAGCACUUUGGUAUUAAAACAAACAAAAACCCAAGACCUGACUUAUUGAAUGAUUCCCCAAAUUAUGUAGUAAAGUGUCUUGUUUCAGUAUCACGGGCAAGAUGGGCAAUGUGGCUUAAAGAAAUGGUUACCUUGUCUUAUUGUGGAAGUUCUAUUUUGAAAUAUAACUUAUCCAUUAACCUCCUCAGCACCAAAUCUAUUUUGCUAUAGCAUGCACACACUAAUAUCUGUACUAUGUUGGGAAGGGCUUCUGUAACAUUACAUAGUUCAUAACAAGGAGAACAGCCGUCUCAUAGUCCAUAACCACAGGAAUAUAUUUUUUUAGUUGUUGUACAUAGAAUUCUAGGUACAUCAACAUGGGUACAGUGUGGAUGCAGAUCAGAUUUCAGUUUACUCUGCACAGAAAGAAAGAAAAAAUACAGCAAGAUAUCUCAAUAGGAGGUUAAACCAAUAUUGUGGAAUAUCUUGUUGGCUUGAAGAUAUGUUGGGACUGUUUUCAUCAUAACUUCUAGGUCUGCACUGAACUAUUGUUCUGUGGUGAAUUGGGUUUUUUAAAAAAGCAUACUUUCAAAAAUGGCUUAAGAGUUUGAAUUCAUGCCAGCCUUGUCUAGACAUUUGUUCUGCUUAUACAUACACAAGGACAGAAAUUAUUUUUGUUCCACUGAUACCCAGGAGAGGAUUAGACAGUGUUGUAGGUCAGACUUAUAAAAUAAGGAUGGCAUUAAUACUAGGCCUGACGGAACUGUGCCUGUAACCAGAGUAGUCUCUGAAUUUUCCUUUUUGUACCAUAAUUUAGAAUGAAAACAAAGUGAUAUAAAGAAAUAUAUUUAUCCCAUAAGAGAGUCUGUGGUAUUUGUCUUCACAAUGGUGGAUUUUUAGCUACAUUAGCUAAACCUUGUAAUGUCUUACAUUUGAGAUGUUUACAGCAGAGGUGCUUAACGUGCUAGUUUUCUAAUCACUGUAGCUGAUAUUUCAUGGAGACUAAUUGUCUUAAGAAGAGAGCUAUAAGGGCAAAGAACUUAAUUUCAGUGGUUUAGGUAGAAAGGCUUGUAGUGUGUAUGUUAUAUUUAUUUGAGCAACAGAGGCCUCCUUAGAAUAUUUAGACAGCCAUUAAUGAAUCUGCAAAUGAGCCAACUUUCAGUUGGGGAGAGAGUUUGAGAACAUGCAACUCUGCGCAGAGAUAAAGGGACACAUUUUUUCUCCUCAAGCUGUUCUGUGCUAGAUCUGUGGCGAGAACCAAAGCAAGCCAGAAGCACGUCUGUGUCUAAAGAAUGAACUUCAAUCACCACUCAUACCUGUUUUGCAAUGGUACCUGUGUGAUUAAUGCUUAGGUCUCGAUCUCAUUUUAGGGUGACUGGGAGGUCCUAUUUAUUUGUUCCCCUCUGAGAACCGAUCUGUUUUGCUCAAUCUCUUCCUCGACUAUAUAUGGAGUCGGCCUCAGAGUUUCUUUUUUUAGUCUGCCACUGGAUUGUAACAGACUCAGCUAUUGAAGUUUACCCUUGUUCACUUGACAAGCUGUUCUGAGGAGCCCCUUAACAAGUCAAACUUCAGUGUUGUGUUUGACCACGCUGUAAUUGAGAAUUUCUGAGGGGUGGGCAUGAAAAAACUCAUACACUCCUCCUGGCAAAGAACCAGAUGCACAUAUACAAUACUGGAAAAACCUGCAUUUUAUAUAAUAUACAUAGUACACUUUUUAAAGAGCCCUCUUGGUAAUGGCUUGAGCUUGCUAGCUAUUUGUACUCCAUGUAACGCACCUUGCUUUGUCCAUGAAUAUUAACUGGUGUUGACAGCUCUGCUAAGCUGGUGAGAUCUUUUGUAUAGUCUCAUCUAACCAUCUGAAAUGUUUACCCUCUUCAGUUUCAUUUCUGUACAUUUGUGUUUCGCUUCUGUUGUGCUUUCAGAUAAGUGCAAUAAACUUGCCUUUUUUGUAAAUAAAAA